UGGUCGAGUUCGUCAGUAGAGCGGUGUCUGACAGGCUGCCUCCCCGGGAUAACAGCUGCGGUGCGCGGCUGGGAAAUCUGACAAGAGGUCGGUCAAAGACUUGAGUGGAGCAAAGACACAGGGAGGUGCAAAAAAACAAAAAAGCCUCUUGACUGACAAAACGAAGCGGGAAGGAAAGAGCACACGACUGCUUUUUUUUUAGUUUUUUGUUUUUGUUCACGGCCGAGCCUCGCAAAGGACCAGUCGCAUCCCGGCUGCUGCGCCGCUGUCCCUCCUCGGAGCGGCUCGAGCUCGGGAUAAGACGUGUGUGGAUGCUGCGGGGCUUUCUCCUGCGUGCUUACUUCAAUUCGCGAUCGAGGUAGUUCGAAACAACAAGGAAGGGACCAGGAAAAACAACGGCGAAACAGCGAGGGGAACAAGCCAAACGUGUAUUAAGUGAGGUGAGGUAGACCGCGGUAGGCUGUGGCGAAUAACGGACCCGCGGAGCCGGAGAGGGAGGAGAGGAGUCGCCGCGGCGGGAGGAGAACCAAACACCCGAGCCUGCGGGGAUGAGGACGAGGAGGGACGCCACACAUACCGGCGUGCCGGUGUGAUUUAGUGCAGAGGGAGCUGGAGGAGGAACCAGGUACCCAAAAGCGCGGGUUGUUUGCAGACCAAAGAGACGGCGAUGGCGGGUAGAGGCACCGGGGCACGCGCUCUCUGACAGCCGACCGCAGCCCUGUCAGCAGCCGCAGCACCAUGGGGAGGAGGAGCUCAGAGAGAGUAAACAUAGAAGAGGUGACCCUCAUCAUCUCCUGAAGGAGUCUUUGACUACAGUGCCAGGGACGAGCCAGGAAGAAGCCUCCAUGGCCAGAGACUCAUCGCCUUCUUAGCUCCACCGGGAGCCCCUUUAACCGCCCUGCGAGCUGCACUGGGGGGCUCAAACGUUCCUCUGACUCCGCCUCGGGGGGGGGGGGGGCUCACUCCAACCCAUCUGCCAGCUCAGAUAACCCUCUGACUGUUGGCAACCACAUGUUUGAGGCGAUUGUGUGUAGCCGCCGCCCAUUUUCGAGCAGCAACCGCAGCUUCCUGCGACGCAGAUCUGCACCAUGCAGUGGAGACGGCGCCACUGCUGUCCCAUCAAGAUGACCUGGACCAUCAAGCGUUCGCUCUUCCGGACCCACGUGGCCGGCCUCUUCUCGCUGGCUCUGCUCUUCACCCUCUGCUUAUUUUUCAGCCAGCAAGACUGGCUGCCGGGACGCAGCGGAACGCGGGAAAACCCGCUGGCCUACACCGCCAGGGGCUUCCGCAGCGCCAAAGGAGAAGCCAACCAGAGCAGCUCCCUCAGGAGCCUGUGGAGGGAGACGGGGUAUGUGGCACCGAAACCUCUGCUCAACCUCAGCUCCCAGCAGGCGGAUGGGCCGGCGGGGGAGACAGCGGGAGGUGGAGGAGGGGCGGCAGGAGCCAGAAUGGGCGUAAUGGGGCUGGGGGACUCUAUGAGCACUAACAACAGUUUGCAGAAGGAGAUGGGCGUGGGAGGGAGGCUCAGCGCUCAGCCCUACCGCUACAUCCUGAACGAGCCUUCCAAGUGCAGGGAGAGCAUGCCCUUCCUCAUCCUCCUCAUUGCUGCAGAACCUGGCCAGGCCGAGGCCCGCGACGCCAUCCGCCAGACGUGGGGCAACGAGAGCAUAGCGAUGGGCCUGGGCUUUGUCCGUCUUUUCCUGCUGGGCACGGGGAAGAGCUCAGACACCUACCCCCAGAGCAGCAUCGAGGAAGAGAGCCGCGUUCACCACGACAUCAUCCAACAGGACUACCAGGACACUUACUACAACCUGACCAUCAAAACCCUGAUGGGCUUGAACUGGGUGGCCACCUAUUGCCCACGCGCCGCCUAUGUGAUGAAGACGGACAGCGACAUGUUUGUCAACACGGAGUAUCUCAUCCAAAAGCUGCUGAAGCCCGAGCUGCCCCACAAGCAGAGGUACUUCACCGGCUACCUGAUGAGGGGCUACGCGCCCAACCGAAACAAGGACAGCAAGUGGUACAUGGCGCCCGAGCUGUACCCGAGCGAGCGCUACCCGAUAUUCUGCUCUGGCACGGGGUACGUGUUCUCAGGGGACAUGGCGGAGCUGAUCUACCAGGCCUCUCUCAGCAUACGCAGGUUGCACCUGGAGGACGUGUACGUGGGGAUCUGCCUGGCCAAGCUGCGCAUCGACCCGACGCCCCCUCCCAACGAGUUCCUGUUCAACCACUGGCGGGUGUCUUACUCCAGUUGUAAGUACAGCCACCUGAUCACAUCGCACCAGUUCCAACCCAAUGAACUCAUCAAGUACUGGAACCACUUGCAGAGCAACAAGCACAAUGCCUGCAUCAACGGGGCCAAGGAAAAGAACGGCAGGUACAGACACCGAAAGUUUCAUGGAGAGAGGCCUCCGUGAUGCCACCUGUGACGACCACCCGCCUCACAAGGAGGGAGGCGGGCACACUGUAACUACAGCCGAAAGGAGGGCGUAUUGAAAUCAGCACUAUACACUAUAUGGGGAAAAGCACAUUGAUUUUGGUAUUAUGGUGUACAGUUGAUCUGAACUAUUUUUUUAAGUUGAGAAAAAAACAAAAUGUUGAGUAUUGUAAACUUGUUAAGCUGUUUUUAAACGAAGGAUUGGAGGAGAGGUUUGCGAUGUAGAGCUCGCACACACAAAAAAAAGUGCUGCUGCUCGAGAGUGGCGUCUAUGAUACUUCAGGUGACAACAGUAAAGUUUCAAUACAUUUACAAUACGUUACAGUUAAUGUGAGAGCUCUUCUUGAAAGGGUAGUACACUAUGUCGCACUCUUCAAAUCUAAAGAAAAAAAAAAAAUGAAGCCACAAUUGUGUUCAUACAGACAAAGGGAACUGCACUUGUAAUUUUGUUGACAUCUACACUACCUAAAUAUGAAUGAAGUAUCUUUGACAUUGAUCAGUUAUGCUGCCCUUUCUCUCAGUGUUUACUUUACAGAUUUAUUAAAGAAUACCACACUAAAGGAAAGGUUUAUCCUUCAUACACUGUAUUUUGUUCGUAAAAAAUCGACACCAAAACACUCAAGUCACGUCGGAGAUGGCUGAGAUUGUAUUUUUUAAAGCUUUACAUUACGAGUAUGACUGCACCUGAGCAAAUGUGCAACAAAUUCAUUAACAAUUAAAUGUACUGAACUAAU